CUGACGAGACACUUCACAUCCUCUCUCCUCCUCGGCUUUGAAUUGAGGUUGACGACUGCUUCUCAUCCACAUCCUCCGAAGCUCCGUAAGCCUCAUUUUCUUAGAAUUUUGUAUACGCAAUGGUCGAAGAAAGUCUGAUUUUGUGAAUUCACUUGGUGAUAUCAGAUGGAUAGCAUCAGUCAUCUGCCUGAACAUCUGCUUUUGAAGAUUUUGUCUUUUCUGCCUACUACCAAAGAUGUUAUGGCCACGAUGGUUCUGUCCAAACGUUGGCAGUUUCUAUGGAUGCUUGUGCCAAGGCUCAUAUACGAUGAUAGCAACGAGAACAUCACGAAAGAAAGUUUCUCGAGGUUUGUAGACAGAUCCUUGCUUCUGCACAACGCUCCAGUUCUAGAAUCUUUGGAGUUCAAGCUUGGUCAAAAGUUUAGUGAUGUGGAUAUUGGAGUAUGGGCUACAACUGUUUCUAGACGCCAUGUCCGUGAGCUGGUCGUCGACAUUGAUAGAUCUUCUUGUGCAGCUCCUCCAGCCAUCCUUCCAAAGAGUUUGUACAUGGUAUCCGGAAUGCUUGUAACGUUGAAAAUUAACAACAUGGUUCUUGCUGAUGCUUCUUCACCCGUGUCUUUCCCAUCUCUCAAGGGAUUGAGCCUUGAAUCCAUCAAAUACCCAGGUGGUGAUGAAUUUGUCGACAGCCUUUUAUCCAGUUGUCAUGUUCUUGAAGAUUUGUCUGUGAAGCGAUGUCUUGAUGACAAUGUUACUAUUUUCACCGUUCGAGUGCCUUCUCUAAAGAUUUUAACUAUGCUUAACAAACGUGAAAAAACUAGCGAUGAUGCAGAAGGGGUUGUGAUAGAUGUUCCCUCGUUGAAGACAUUGGUUUUUGAUGAUUAUACUGGUGGGUUUUGGGUCCUUGAGAACGACAUGCCUAACAUUGUAACGGCAGAUAUUGACAUUAGGUAUAGUCAUCCAGGCAAGAUUAUGGGUUUUUUAACUUCAGUCAAGGAUCUCCUUUUAUGUUUAUCAUCCGCAAAGGUAUUUUAGUCGCGUCUUUAUCAUUCUGCGCUCUGCACUCUUUUUCAUUAUAGAAUCUCUAAUGGAACGGUGUUUAGAUUAAACAAUCUUUCUUAAACCAUGGACUUGCAGGACGCAUAUCAUAGUGGUCGUGUCUUCCACUGUCUUGGCCAUUUUACUCUAUGCAGAUGUGACCAGCAGUGGUUGAACCUACUUAUGUGUGUGCUUAGAGAUUCACCUAAAUUAGGUGGUCUCAAACUUGAUCAGUACCAUGGCUCUCAGGCGGAUCAACCGAGCCCAGCGCGGCGGCGGUUGAGCAGCGUCGAGACAUAUCUACGACAUUUCUGCACAGGAGGAGGAGUUAAGGACGAAGGAGACUGGUUCUACUCGCGGGAAUGGUGGGAAGGCGGCCACCCUGUUUCACAGUCUACUUCCACCAAAGGGAACGGCGUCGUCUCCGUUGUCGCACAUCCUUCUUCUCUUCCUAGUAGAGAUUCAUGGGCAGAAACUGAGAGAUGGCUGGAGAAUAGGUAUAUGGAGAUAAUGGGAAGAGACAGAGAGAGGUUUAAGAUACUUGGAUAUCAAUGGAGAUCCCUUCGCUUCAACGAUGAUACUCGACAAAGCACUGUCAAAGUCAUGGCUGCUUGUAGAGUAUUGCAACCCAGUUCCAUUUUCUACAUGCAACAGCCUCAUUGCCUUGCUGUUCCAUAUUUGAAGAGCAUGGUUUCAGUGGGAUUGGCUUCUCUUGCAGCUUCUAAAUAUGAUAUGAGGAAUGCAGCUAUUGGGAAAAAACAAAUGCGCAUAUUAUGCGUCGGUCAUGGCGGAGGAAGCUUACCGUUGUUCCUAGCUAAUCACAUUCUUGGUGCUGUUGUUGACAUAGUCGAGAUCGACCCAGUAGUUAUUUCAGAGUCGGUUCGAGCAAUGGGCUUCCCUGCAUUCUCUGUCAUGGCAGCAACAGGGAAACGUGCGUUACCCACUCCUGAUGUUAUCGACCAAUUGAUGUGGCGAGGCAUCCACGAGAGACUCUUCCUCUACGAGUCAGAAGCUAAGGAAUUCAUUCUCAAGAAGAACCAAAAUAAUUAUUAUGACAUGAUCUUCAUGGAUGCUUAUGAUGGAGCAGACAUUUUUCCCCAUAGUCUGUGGGAUUCCGAUUCUCUGUUUGUGAAAGCUCUGAGCGAAAGACUUCACCAUGAGCAUGGGACUCUUGUGGUGAACCUUCACUCAGAUGCAGACAUCUCUGAUCUAGACAGAUCAAACGAAGGUGCACCGGGAAAGUAUGUGAGGAAAGUAGGUAAAGCCUAUAAAAAGGGUUUAAUGGAGAAUGAGGGUAAUGGGUUGGUUUUUGCUUGUGAAGUUCCAUGGCUAUGUAAUGUAUCUCUGGUGGUGAGCAGAGGCAUGAGGUCAGAGGGAAGACAUAGAGACAAAAUCAAGAGCAAUCUCAUGAAGGCUUCCUUAGAAGUGGACCAAAUCCUGCGUCUUCCUUUCCCUUGCUUGGAUUACCUGAAAACUGGUCUUGCUAUCAUAUAA